CAGUGGAGAGGUUGAGCCGAGCUUAGGAGUAGUCUUGCUGGAGAGCAGAGCAUCUUGCUGUCAUCUUCCCCUUUGCCCUUUUUUGCCAUCUUCUUCAGAGGGUUCGGAUAAAACAAAAGGAAAGGAAGAGAAUAAAGAAGGACAAGAAAAGAGUGAACUGACAUCAGUGAGACUGAUUCGGAGUGAGAGUGAAGCAUCUCUCACACACAUGACUGUGUGAUCCUCUGCUGUCAUCGUGUGAAAGACAAGCCCAUGCUCUCUGAUGUCUCCUGCCUCUAGACACCUUGCCAGACCAGCAGUAUUCAUGGUCUCCUUCUCAGCACUUCGAUGAAGACAGCUACUCCCCUCCUCCACCCAAGAACAUGAAGGCUCUAUCGGGUGGCCGGCCCAGCCAGCUCCAGAUCACCUCAGCUCACACCUGCGGCCUGGCCGACUGCGACCACUCCCUGGACCACCAUGAGUCCCGCACCCCCUCAUACCUCCUCAGCCCCACAGAGAGCUGUCUCAUGGAGCACCACCGCUGCUCCCCCCGUAGCUCCAUCCACUCUGAGUGCAUGGCGAUGCCAGUCUCCAUGGCCAACACAGACCACUCCAUCUCCAGCAGUACCUUUCCCAGGAUGCACUACAGCUCCCACCACGACAGCAGCGGGUCGCGGGACGGUGGUAGUAGAGGAGGAGGAGGGGGAGGAGGUGUUGGCGGUGGAUCACGGGAUCGAGAUGAGUGUGGCUCGUCGCAUGGCGGUAGCGGUAAGAUGAACAGAAUCCCAGCCAACCUGCUGGACCAGUUUGAGAAGCAGCUUCCGUUACACCGUGAUGGCUUCCACACAUUGCAGUACCAGAGGGCAUCCACCACCACCACGGAGCACCGCAACGAGAGCCCUGGGAGGAUCCGACACCUGGUCCACUCUGUCCAGAAGCUCUUCACCAAAUCCCACUCCCUGGAGGGCUCGUCCAAGAUGAACGGAACCAAGGGAGACUUGCACCGGGAAGGCUCCCACCACCACCACCAUCACCACCACGGACACCACAAACACAGCAAGCGCAGCAAGAGCAAAGAACGUAAGUCAUCAGACAGCAGCAGUAAGCAGCGCUCCGGGGUGGCGGGCUGGUGGAGCUCAGACGAUAACCUGGACAGUGACAGUACGUACCGGACGCCCAGUGUCAUGUCACGCCAACAUGUGGACCACAUCAACCACUGCUACCCCGACUCUGUCCACAGUCACUACGGGGAUCUGUCGCUCAAGACCUCCAAGAGCAACAACGAUAUGAAGUGUUCCGCGUGUGAGAGCGUGGCCAUGGCUCCUGAAGGGAAGUUCAUGAAGAGGAGCUCCUGGUCAACGCUGACUGUCAGCCAGGCCAAGGAGGCCUACAGGAAGUCCUCCCUCAACCUGGAGAAACCCAUGAUGCCCACAGACCUCAAGCCCAACCUCAGGCCCUGCCACUACCUACAGGUACCUCAGGAUGAGUGGAGUGGUUACCCAGGGGGAGGUAAGGGUGAUGAGAUCCCCUGCCGGAGGAUGAGGAGCAGCAGUUACGUCAAAGCCAUGGGUGAUGAGGAGAGUGGAGAGUCUGACUCCAGUCCCAAGACCUCCCCCGUGAAGACGGUCCGGCCACACUCCCUGAUCAAGUCUGUCAUGCAAAGACCGCUCUUAGACUCCCAGAGCUCUUACCGGGUGAAUAAAAUGAACAGUGACGUGUGUAACUACAUCACCAAUUUUGCUGCAGACUUAAGUCAGAGCUUCCAGGUGCAAGCCUCCAGAGACAUGCACCCCCACCCCAGCUUGGCCCUGGAUCCCUCCACCAUCUAUAACUACCGGCAGCCACCUCUCCCAACAGCCCAGUUCCGCUCCAGGAACCAGAGUUACAUGCGGGCAGUCAGCACUCUCAGCCAGGCAAGCUGUGUUAGCCAGGUCAGCCAGGUGAGUGAGACAGAGAUAAACGGUCAGUUUGAGUCAGUCUGUGAGUCGGUGUUCAGUGAGGUGGAAUCUCAGGCUGUGGAGGCUCUGGACCUGCCCGGCUGUUUCCGGACACGGAGCCACAGCUACUUGAGGGCCAUCCAGGCUGGCUACUCCCAGGAUGAUGACUGCAUCCCCACCAUGACCUCCUCCACUGUCACCUCCACCAUCAGGGCCACAACAGGGAUCCAGUUCCGCCUCCCCUCCACUUGCAGCACUGACCGGAUGACCCACGAAACCCCAGGUAAACCUCCUGUCCAAGCCAAUAGGUGA